AAAAUUAAGUGUCAAUUUUUCAUUGUGUUUGUUAAAGUGUCAAACAUAAGCGUGAUGAAAAACUGAAAAUGGACGGCCGAUAGUUUUUCUUUUGGCACGUGUGUUAAAUAAAUAGUUUUCGUUGAUACGGAACGAGUGGUUCACCGUCAAACUGGGUACCAAAACGGUGGAAAGGUUUCUGAACCUAGCGGACGACAAUUUCGUCGAAGAUGUCAACGAAGACUUGAAAUGUUUUCUAGCCGAAAAAAAAGUUGACAGUGUGCUGGUGUUCCCACCGGUGAGCAACCACCGCCGCUUCCUCAUCCACCGCAGCGCGGAACAGCUCUCACCCGAGCUCGCUACCUUCUCUAUAGGGCUCGACCUCGAGCGCCGCGCCGUCGUCUGCUUUCGAGAGCGCCUGCUCAGUGAUGAAGCUUGCGCUCGACCAGCCAUGGGCCUGACACACGUCCCUCAAGAGAGACACGAUGCACCCGCCGAUACCAACGCGGGUCGACCGGCGCGGGCGCAGCCUCAGGAAAAGAUCAGAUCAUCGAAGCCCCGACGUCCGGACCGUGCCGUGUACGUCCCGAGAGCCCUGCGUUCCAACGAAAACGUCGACGAGAGCAAAAGCGAAAGUAAAAAAUCGACGCCUGAAUCCAAGUGUCCGAAGUCACCAACGUCCAGGGAUAAAUCGGCUCACGGGACGCCAAAGAGGUCCAUCGACAAACAAUUCUGCAACGUGUACACACCGCCUCACCUGCGGAACCAAACACAGACCCCCGUAGCCGGCCCGCCCGAAAAACAUGUGCCUUCCGUGCCAAAUAGUGAUAGUGCAAUAUCUUACAGUGAUAGUAGUUUUAACGUAGACGUAGCCGAGAAUUUUUAUAUAGGUGAUUAUUUCGCGAACGGUCAGCUGGGCUUCUACCGGCCGGGCUACUACGAGUACGAGAACGGCUGGAAGACGAAUGAGUCGGAAGCUAACAUGGCCGUGCAUGGAGAUCAAAGCAAUAUUAUCGAUAACGAUUAUUUAUAUAAGAAAGACGAGGAUGUCGAUACGAACGAGCUAAAGAGAGCCUCGCAGGAGAUAAAUAGGGGUAGCAAAAGAAUCAUCAAGCAGAGCUUUGAUUCUGAUGUGUUAGUCAUAUCUGAUCCGAUAGAGGAAGCGCCCAGUCAAAACGUCAGUGAAGCGGAACCGGUUCCAGAAGAAAAGGAACAAGACAAACCGAAGCCAAAACAAAAAUUGGAGUCGAAAGUGUCUCUAAAACGCGAAGAAAACGACUGGGACGCUGUGUUCGAUGACAGUGGUGAAUGUCUAGACCCGUCUCUGUUAGAGGAACUGACGUCAACUGUGGGCAAAGUGCACAUAACCAAAACGAAGAACAACUACGAGCAGUAUCAGACGAAGGGCCAGGCCCUGUUCAACGGGCCCUAUGAUGAGACGUUCGGUCACGUGAUAGAGGUAUACGACUUCCCGAGCGAGUUUAAGACGAACGAUCUUCUCUCGUUGUUCAGCGAAUACAAGGACACUGGCUUCGAGAUCAAAUGGGUGGAUGACACGCACGCGCUUAUCGUCUUCAGCAGCGCUAAAAUUGUGAACAUUUAUGGUAUGGUAUAUAUGCUAACUAAAAAACGUAAGAGUGUCUGAUAUUUUUUUUUUUUUGAAUAGGAAAAUUAAUAAACUUAUUUCAUAUAUCUCGUUCGCUCUCGUUUCGCUUGAACGCAAACGUGUGUCCGCCGCUUAGUGUCAGCGGUGUGCAGUCUUGGAUCGAGGUCACGGUGUAAGACUAGAGUUGACCUCUCAAUGACUGUUUUUGUAAAUAGCAUUAUAAGAAUGUUACGUUCCUUGGUUAAUAUUUAUUAUUUCUGUAUUAAUGCUACUCUGAGUAAAAUGAUAGUUAUGAGAA